CCUCUUUCUUAUUUCAUAUCACAAUCGAAGAAAAUGAGAAGAAAUUGUAAUUUGGAGCUUAGGCUUAUGCCACCUUCUCUUUCUACUUUUUCUCCUAACAUUUGCAGUAAUAAUAAUACAUCCUCCUAUUUUUCAAUGGAGGAAGAUAAAGAAAGCACAGAAUUAGAGAAGAAAUCUGAGCCGUUAACCAUAUUUUACAAUGGAAAACUUGUGGUUUCUCAUGUUACUGACCUUCAGGCUAAAGCUAUAAUAUAUCUUGCAAGUAGAGAAACAGAGGAGAAAACAAACAAGAGUCUGUCACCAAUAUCUGAGCCAUCAUCACCAUUAUUACAACCUCAAACUGUGAAGAAAUCUCUACAAAGAUUUCUACAAAAAAGAAAAAGUAGAACUCAAACAACUUCGCCAUAUCAUCACUAGCUUAGUUUAGUUCCAUUAUUUGUACAUAUGUUUUGUAUUUUUGGAUCUAGAAAUUAGCGUAUCACUUAUUUUAUACAAAAUUUUCUUAUUUAAUUUUCUCUCUGUUUAGCUUAGGAUAACAUUACUCGUGUGGUGACAAGAACACACGCAUAUUGACAAAAAAUGAAAAUCAAGAAAGGAUUUAGAUGUGAAAUCAA